AUGCAGGGAUGCAUCAUGAGGAGGUCUGUUCCCUCAACCCCUAUAUCAGCAAUAUUGGCAGAUGCUGCUGAUAUGAGGUCAGGUCAACCUCCAACAACAAUUGGCACUUUUGAGGAUUCUCCUGAUAACCAGAACAGUCACUUACAUCUGUUCUGGUCCUCAAUUUGGCCUGAAAAUUCAGUUGAGGUUAACAACCAAAUCAGUUGCUAA